AGUAAAAUAAGAGAAACAAAAACCAGAGACAAACAUCAAACUUGAACCCAUAAAGAGGCAAGAGCUAGCCAAGCACAUUAAGGCAGCUAAAACCCUAGCUAGCAGCAUUUGCAAGAAAUCUUAAAACUCUUGUCUCCUCCUAAAUAAAUAGAAAAAAAAUCCUCACAACACAAGCAAAGAAAAGAAUUCCACACAUUAAUUACAUUCUCUAUAUCUGCAAAUUCUCGAUCUCUGGUUGGAAAUAAUUCAAUUAAGCUUCUUCAUCUUUUGCUCAGCCAUGGCGUCAACUUUUAGCAGGAUUGCCAUGAUUUAUAUCUUUCUUGGAUUUUCUUUAACUUUAUCAGAUUAUGGUUUUCUACAAGGGGUGAAAUCUUUUGGCAUCAAUUACGGUCAAAUAGCCAACAAUUUACCACCGCCGGAGAAAGUUCUUGAUCUCAUGACCUCUCUUAGACUCACAAAAGCUAGAAUUUACGAUACUAACCCUAAAAUUCUAACAGCAUUUGCCAACUCCGGCGUUGAAAUUAUUGUCACGGUAGAAAAUCAAAUGCUAGCUGUUUUAAUGGAUCCUCAACAAGCACUUCAAUGGGUCAAUACUCAAAUCAAGCCAUAUUUUCCGGCGACAAGAAUCACCGGAAUCGCGGUCGGAAACGAGAUCUUCACCGACGAUGACACAUCAUUAUUAGCAUAUCUAGUUCCAGCCAUAGUCAGCAUUCAUGGGGCAUUGGUCCAAUUAGGGCUAGAUAGUUACGUGCACGUGUCAACGCCUAAUUCGCUAGCCGUUCUAGCCGAAUCAUUCCCGUCUUCAGCCGGAACAUUUAAGCCGGAAGUGGCCGGAGUAAUGACGCAGUUUUUGCAAUUUUUAUCAAGCACUAAAUCACCAUUUUGGAUCAAUGCAUACCCAUAUUUUGCCUAUAAGGGUGACCCAAAUAGGGUUCCAUUAGACUAUGUUCUAUUCAACCCUAAUUCAGGAAUGGUUGACCCCUUCACCAAGUUACACUAUGACAACAUGCUUUAUGCUCAAGUAGAUGCUAUAAUCUUUGCAAUGGCUAGAUUAGGGUUUAAUGGAAUUGAAGUAAAAGUUUCCGAAACGGGGUGGCCAUCGAAAGGAGAUUCGGAUGAAAUCGGUGCAACAAUUGAAAAUGCAGCAGCUUAUAAUAGAAAUUUAUUGAGAAGACAAAUGGAAAAUGAAGGUACACCAUUGAGGCCUAAUAUGAGAUUAGAAGUUUAUUUAUUUGCAUUAUUUAAUGAAGAUAUGAAACCUGGACCGACAUCAGAAAGAAACUAUGGGUUAUAUCAACCUGAUUGUACUAUGGCUUAUAAUGUUGGAUUGUCUGCUCUUACAAGUUCUUCUUCUACUUCUACUUCUACAUCAUCAACUUCGUCGGCUUCAAUUUCUCUCACAUCCUCUGCCACUAAGGCUUCAAACAAGGAAUAUCAAAGCUUGAUGUACUGGAUGUUUGUCUAUUUGCUGACCUUCCAAGUUUUUAUGAGAAGACAUUAUUAAGCAUGCAAUUGGACUUCAAAUUAAUGUACAUAUUUUAUUGCAUUAUUUUGGUAAGAAUUAAUUUACCUAGGGGUCUUUUCUUUUCUUUUCCUUUUUAUUUCUUUUGUAUUUUUUCAACCUUCAAAAUCUAUAGGGAAAGACCCCAUAAUUAAUCAAGCCCAAAUUGCUCAUAUUAAGCAUAUAAUAGUUCCUAAAAAGAUGUAGACAAUUUCUUCACAUUUAAUUAUUUAGCCAUGGCUAUUUAAUUAACCUUGAUUAAUUGAUUUGUUAGAGGAAGGAACAAAAGCUAUAAUGUAUAUCUCCAUUUAUUGAAAUGAGUUAGAAGAAAAUUUA